AUGAGGCUCCCCGUGCUCCUGGCUGCCCUGGUGGCAGUGGCCACCUGCACCGAGACCUUCUUUGGGCACCAGGUGCUGCGCGUCGUUCCCCAGAGCAAUGAGGAGCUGCAGAAGGUGCAGGAGCUGCAGGAGCUGGAGCAUCUGCAGCUGGAUUUCUGGCUGGCUCCCCGCGGGCUCGGACUUCCCGUGGACAUCCGCGUGCCCUUCCGCAGCCUGCAGGCGGUCAAAGCCCACCUGGAGGCCAGUGGGGUCUCCUAUUCCAUCAUGAUCGAGGAUGUGCAGGCCCUGCUGGAUGAAGAGCAGACGGAGAUGCUCCGCAGCAGCCGCCAGCGGUCGCUCGACACCAACACCUUCAACUACGAGGCCUACCACACCAUAGAUGAGAUCUACAAUUUCAUGGACAUGCUGGUGGCCGAGAACCCCAACCUGGUGACCAAGCUGGAGAUCGGCCGCUCGACCGAGAACCGUCCCCUCUACGUGCUCAAGUUCAGCACAGGGGGCACGAACCGCCCGGCCAUCUGGAUCGACACCGGGAUCCACUCCCGCGAGUGGGUGACACAGGCCAGCGGCAUCUGGUUUGCCAAGAAGAUUGUCCAGGAUCAUGCGAAUAAUGAAGGUGUGGCCUCCAUCCUGGAGACAAUGGACAUCUUCCUGGAGAUUGUCACCAACCCAGACGGCUUUGCCUACACCCACAGCAAGAACCGCUUGUGGCGCAAGACCAGGUCCAAGCACCCGGGUGCCAUCUGUGUCGGAGUGGACCCCAACCGCAACUGGGAUGCAGGCUUUGGAGAUGCCGGAGCCAGCGGAAACUCCUGCACGGAGACGUACCACGGACCCUACCCCAACUCGGAGCCCGAGGUGAAAUCCAUUGUGGACUUUGUGAAGAGCCAUGGCAACAUCAAGGCUUUCAUCUCCAUCCACAGCUAUUCCCAGCUCCUGCUCUAUCCCUACGGCUACACCGAGACCCCGGCGCCAGACGACCAGGAACUGCACGAGCUUUCUGCCAAGGCUGUGGCAGCUCUGUCCUCCCUGUACGGCACCAAGUACAAGUACGGCAGCAUCAUCACCACCAUCUACAGAGCGAGCGGCUCGACCGUCGACUGGACCUACAACCAGGGGAUUAAAUAUUCCUUCACCUUCGAGCUGCGGGACACGGGGCGUUAUGGAUUCCUGCUGCCCGCCAAACAGAUCGUUCCCACCGCCGAGGAGACCUGGCUGGCACUGAAGGUCAUCAUGGAGCACGCCCGGGACAACAUGUACUGAGCUGGGAUCAGAGCUGGAGCAGCUGGAGAGAGGGAAGAAGGCAAUGAAUAAAUAAAUAAAUGGGAAGAAGGAUGAGAAAA